AUGCUAUGCAAUAGCUUUACCGCGGCAGUCCCCGAGUACCACAGCGCCCUCGGACGUCCGUCGAACAAUCGCCGCUUCGAAUCCGAGAGCAACAAGAGCAGCGGCGUCAAUAUCGACGGCUCGAUACGAUAUUCGAAACCAGGCGGCCGCUGUGACGGAUUUCAGAAAUGUUUCAACUUUAACCACCCCUCCCCCACGAUCCCGCACCUCCCUCGCCCACCGUACGCCGUUAACUUGGUAUUUGGAUCGUGCUUCGUGGCAGUCUGUUGGGAGGCCCAUGUUCAGCAGUGGAUUCAAACAGACUCAUAUGAUGAUGGUGAUGAUUAUGAUGGUGAUGAUGAUGAUGAUGAUGAUGAUGAUGAUGAUGAUGAUGAUGAUGAUGUUAAAUGUUUA